AGAGAUAUGUGCUGCGGCAGGUACAUUUUCACAAAAAGUUGCUGCUUUCAAAUGUUUUUUUUUCAUAUAUAUAUUUAUAUAUAUCCCAUGGCGCUUUCUUUUCUAAGCAUGAAUUAUUUAGUAUUUCCACCACGUCUCGGUGGGAGGUGUCGACCCGCAGCCCACCACUGAAAUGGAUGAGGCUGGAAUCCACUCCAUAUUUUGUGCCUGGCUCUUCCCCGCUGGUGCAUCUGAUCUGAGCACGGAGCGCUCCCCUCCACAGAGCAUUUCCACUUCAGCACAGCCACGAUGGGCUCCGUCUGCUAAGAGAAGUUGAGCCAACGCGCCGGGAAAAACGCACCGCCUGGAUUCAUGUGGCACCUCCAUGCGCACGGUCCUCUUUUCAGUGGCGCCGGGGGACUUUUUAAUAUUGUCAUAUAAACUCCCUUUCCCCCCCCUGUUUUUCUUGUUUGUUUUUGUUUUUUUUUCUUCUUCUUCUUUGGGAAUGUGUUGGUAGACAUUCAUAGUUGAGUUGCAACCACUAAACGUCCAGUCACUAAGUACCUGCGGAUCUGCUGCAGGGGAGUUUUGCCAGCGAGCGGGAUACUACACUGCAGAAAACCUUUAACAGUACGGAUCUUUACAGAAGUGAACAAUGCUCAGGCUAGAGACCAUCAUUUGCACUUUUUCCGUGCUGUCUGUUGCAGCAAGGGCAGACUUUAAAGCGCGGAACUGCAGCGAGGUGAGGGAGGCUUGCACCGCGAAGGGCUUCAGCUUCGCACAUGUUCCUCACCAGGAGAUCCCAGGUGAACAUCUUCGUGUAUGUCCUCAGGGAAAUACAUGUUGCACCCAGGAAAUGGAAGACAAAUUUGGCCAACAGAGUAAACAGGACUUUGAGAACCUGGUUGAUGAAAUGAGUUAUGAAUUGAGAAGCACCUUUGUUUCCAGGCAUAAAAGAUUUGAUGAAUUCUUCCUGGAGCUGCUGGACAACACAGAGAGGUCCCUGAACGAGAUGUUUGUGAGGACUUACGGCAAGCCCUACACGCAGAACUCAGAGGUCUUUGAGAACCUGUUUGCUGAGCUGAAGCGCUAUUACACAGGAGGGAACGUUAACCUGGAGGAGAUGCUUAAUGACUUUUGGUCACGGCUGCUGGAGCGCAUGUUCACGCUGCUCAACUCCCAGUAUGUCAUCACUGAGGACUAUCUGGAGUGUAUCAGUAAGUACACCGACCAGCUCAAGCCCUUUGGAGAUGUGCCCAGGAAGCUCAAGGCUCAGGUUACCCGCGCAUUCAUCGCUGCACGCACAUUCGUCCAGGGCCUCUCCGUUGGCCGGGAGGUGGCACAGAGAGUGUCAAAGGUGAGCAGCACUCCAGCGUGCAUGCGAGCGCUGACAAAGAUGCUGUAUUGCCCCUUCUGUCAGGCCAUGCCGGCAGUAAAACCCUGCAAGAAUUACUGCCUGAAUGUCAUGAAGGGCUGCCUGGCCAAUCAAGCCGAUCUGGAUCCGGAGUGGAACCAAUACAUUGAUGCCAUGCUGCUGGUCGCACAGAGGCUGGAGGGACCUUUCAACAUUGAAUCUGUCAUGGAGCCUAUUGAUGUCAAGAUUUCAGAGGCCAUCAUGUAUAUGCAAGACAACAGUGCCCAGGUCUCCUACAGGGUUUUUCAAGGCUGUGGCCAGCCAAAACCCGCAGGAAUCACUAGGUCUGCUCGUGGUGUUUCGGAUGUGUUCAACGCCCGCUUCAGGCCAUACAGUCCAGAGGAGCGGCCUACCACUGCAGCUGGCACAAGCCUGGAUAGACUGAGGAUUGUUUGGAAUGCGAUGCAACACAGUGUGGUUGACAUAAAGCAGAAACUGAAGCUGUCCAAGAAAUUUUGGUCCAACUUGCCCGAGGCGGUGUGUGUGGAGGAAAGAGUGACUGCUGGAAAUGCCAGUGAUGAGGAGUGCUGGAAUGGACACACCAAGGGCAGGUACUUCCCCGAAGUCCAAAAGGACGGCCUGACCAACCAGCUGAAUAACCCAGAGGUGGGUGUCGACAUCACGCGCCCAGACACCUUCAUCCGUCAGCAAAUCAUGGCUCUGAGGGUGAUGACCAACAAGCUGAAAAACGCCUACAACGGCAAUGAUAUCUACUUUCAAGACUCAAGUGAUGAAGGCAGUGGCUCAGGAAGUGGCAGCGGCUGCACUGAGGUCUGCCCCACAUACAUGGACAGCGCUCCCACUGAAACGCCAGUGGUGAGAGCUGACCGGAGCGGGCCUGUGGAUGAUUCUCCCCAGCUCCACGCACCCUCUGUAGCCCUGCCAACCAUGCUGGCCCUCUCAGCCCUGGCACUUCAACGGCAAUGGAGAUAAUGCCGGAGGAACAGGCUAAACAUGGACAGCAGGGUUUUUUUUUUUUUCUUUCUUUUUUUUUUGUUUUUUUUUGCCCCAAAGUUUUUGUAUCCAGGCAGAUUGGCCCUACAGUCAAGCAGACAGCAUUCAGGCUGCCAGCCUCGAGGCUAGAGGAGUCUGCUCCGAAAAAGAGAGCAGUCACAUGAUUUUUCCACUUUCCCAAAGAUCGUGCAGUGCCAUCCUUAGACUCAAUAUUUUAUGGCGUCGCUUCACCAUCUAACACUGAUGCCAGUCCAACAAACUCUGCUUCAGAGAUUAAAAACACAUAUAUUUCUUGCACAUAUGGCAGGUAGUACUGUAGGUCUCCAUGUGGAAAAGUAUAACACGCACUUUGAUUGUUUUGAUUAUUUUUUAAAUGCAAAAAAAAAGGAAAAAAAAAUGUUGUGUGUCAAAGAAUGUUGAGAAUGUGGUUAUUUGAUGCACCUGAAAGACGCACAGUGAGGUUAAUAAAUGUUUAAUAUUAUAUUUUAAAUCAAAGGAUAAGGAUCUAAAUGAAAGUCAGGAAAAUGCGAUAAUAGUUUAAUUCAAACCUCGUUCCACUGUCAUUAACUCAUGUGCCAAUUAAUGAAUUGUGAUGAGAAGCAACCAAAUAUUCAUUCAAAACCUUGUGUUGUCAUGUUUGUUUUCUUAGAUGUGAUGCAGCCACUGAACUGUGUUUAUUCAGCUUGUGUUUCUCAAUAAUUUCAACCGAGUCAUCUGGCGAGCGUGGGUACGCUAUAUAUGAUGUGUGGGUCAUAGAUCCACACGGCUAUUCGCCGAAACUGUUCAACAGUAGCCGAACUGACAUUUUAUAUACUCAUUUGCCUUGCGACAAAUUCAUUAUCUGAUAGUAUUCUAAUAUCGCGUUGAUUUCUCAGGCUUUGCUUCGGGAGCCUGGACAGAAUUAUUAUUGUGGAGAAGCUACUCACAUACAGAGAUGCCGCCGCUAAUACGCAUUGAUGCUAUCAUAGCGAUGAUGGUUCUGAAGUGUCCUGAAGUUGGGCGCGUGUGCUGGUGUAAAACCAAUUUAUACAGGCCAGAGAGGGCAAAAUGCCAUUCAGCACUAAUAAAUAACCAUUGAUUCAUGGUCUACAUGGAUGCUUAUACAAUGUGUUUCCAUGUAACCACUGUGCAGGAGUGCAAAGCCACUCCACAUGAUGAAUAGAUUCUGAAUUGUUUCUAUAGAAAUAGUCUGCCAGCCACACAAGGACAGCCACGCACAGUAGAAAAUUAAGAAUGUGUUCUGCAUUUUAUGUGUAAACAUACACACAUCAAUUCAGCUACUACUACUAUUACGUCUUGUGCUGCUGUAAUCUCAACAUUAAUUUACAGUAAUAUUUGUGCUGCACAAACAAAUAGGCAUGUUCGCUACUUCAGCGUAUGACGGAAUAAUCAAAACAGUCGUUUAAAUGAACGCUGUAAAACUAAAUUAGCAUUAAACAGUAUUUAAAAAAUAGAAAUUACAACAUUUUAAAAUGAUUAUUAGUAUAGCUCUAUAAUGUGCAGGAGUUAUUCGAAUAAGAAGCAGCAAAACAGCACACAGUGGUUACUGGAAAUGCAAAGAAAGGGUCCCUAAAUUUAUCUGGAAAGCUUGAAUGGUUAUGUCUGCAGCACAGACAGGUCUGAAGCCGACCACAGUCACCUGUGAAAUGAGAAUCUGUGGAGACCGGACAGGGCUGAACGCUUCAGUGAAGCUCCUCAGUAGAGCGUACUUACAGAGAAUGUGAGAGGCCUGGCACUGCUGAGGAGGGCGGACAAAACCAGCCUGUAUGUACAUCCACUGUUCUCUGAGAGCCCGUCAGGUCCAUAACCAGCAGGCCAGCUAAGCUUACAUCUUCACAGUAUUAGCCUGUGUUACGCCCCUUCGCAGUAUAUCCGUGAAUAUUUGUUGAGCUUUUCUUUAUUGCAUUUAAGUCUGCAUACUCAUCCACAUUGCGAAGACAAAAGUAUAUCGAGAAAAUACGUCAUUUAAAGUGAUUCUUUAUUAUUGAUCUCACAGGAUGCCCUUUUUAUGUUUUGUAUCAUUGAACUUUUAAUAUUUUUGCAAUAAAAUAUUGAAAACGGA